CCCAUACGCUAGUAAUAUCACCAAUAUACACAAUUAUUAUAUAGGCACCGCAUUUACGCCAUUGCGGUCGAGAGCCUACAUGCAUUUCGUGCGUUUUUUUCUUUUAUUUUUUCCAAACGAAGCCAUAUUGAGUUGUGUGCGUGUGCGUGCGUGCGUGUGUGGAUGUGUUUUGUGUGUGUGUGUGUUUUUUUUUUUUUUUUAUUUUGGGGAAGGGAUUGUUCGGGGGUCUCCGCCGUUUGGAGCGUGAUACGGUCUGAGGGAGCUAUGAAUUUUGAAUUUGAGAGGGAGAUCGGUUUCAUAAACAUCCAGCCGUCCCUAGCAGAGUGCCUGACGUCCUUCCCCGCCGUCCUGGAGUCAUUUCAAACUUCAUCAAUCAAGGAGUCGACAGUAAUUCCGCCUCCCUUCGAGCACACCAUCCCCAGCCUCAGCCCCUGCACAGCCAGCCAGCCGAGACCGGCAGCAGCCAGGAGCCAGCAGAACCACCGGAGAACCUCCUCCUCCGCCGCCGCCGCCACUAAUGGCCUCCAGACGCAGCACCAUCGAGCCACCCAGCAGCAGCAGACCUGUCCGACCGGGCAGGCCCCUGCCCCGACCACCGCCACCAUCUCCACCCCGCUUGCCCAUGAGUUCCCCUGGAUGAAGGAAAAGAAGUCAUCCAAGAAGUGCCCCAAGCCUGGGAGCAGCUCCGGCGGCGGGGCUGGAUCCAUCAUCACCCCCGCCUCAUCUUCCCCUUCGCCGACCGCCUCCGGGUACGCAUCGGCGGGCAUCGAGUCACCCACAGAUCCGACCCAGGCGGGUCUGGAUGCUGGAGGAGCCGGGUCCCGUCGCCUCCGCACCGCCUACACCAACACACAGCUGCUGGAGCUGGAGAAGGAGUUUCACUUCAACAAAUACUUAUGCCGGCCCAGAAGGGUAGAAAUUGCCGCCCUUUUGGAUCUGACGGAGCGUCAGGUUAAAGUUUGGUUCCAGAACCGGCGCAUGAAACACAAACGCCAGACCACGCAUCACCGGGAUGGAGGAGGUGGUGGCCACGAAUCCGGCGACCCGGGUGGGUUCGAGCCACUCGAAGGCACCGACGCCUCCUCUCCGUACUCCAGCCAGCCACUGGAAGCAUCUGGCACCGGGGACACUGCGGCUGCGUCGGAGGAAGCCGAGCCGGGGAGCAGCAAUCCAUCUUCGGCCGCCGCCUACGCUAAUGACAGCGGGGACAAUGCGCAGCCCACGCCCGAGGAGGGAGGCCGAUUGAGCCGCCUCGAACGCCCACAUCUGCCGAGGGCAUCUGGUUCCUCUGACACCUCCGCCCCCCGUCAGUCCCCUCCGGUGUUCGGGUCAUCCACCUCCACCGGUGACGGCUCCGGUUUGAUGCAGCUGAGCGAGGCCGGACCGGAGCAGCGGGACUCCUCCAUCUCCACUUCCACCUCCUCUUCUUCCACCUCCUCUGCUCCUCCUGCUUCCUCUUCCUCAUCAUCCUCCGUGCUCCCUGAGCUCACCUUGUUCACCGGGGACGCGUGCCUGUCGCCCAGCCUGCAAAGCUCCCUGGACAGCCCGGUGGAUUUCUCCGAGGAGGACUUCGACCUGUUCACAAGCACACUGUGCACCAUCGACCUGCAGCACCUCAACUUCUGAGGCCGAAAAAUAGGACAAAAAGACAGAACGCAGAACGCACCGGUUCUGAACCCCGGGUGGACGGGACGGGCCUAUGGAGGAACAAUCGGAGGAUUGUGUCUAAAUAGAAGAAACGCUUCUCGGCAACAUUCCUGAAACAUCCGAAGAAUGAAAAUUAUAUUGAUUUAGACAUUUUUUCUAUCUCAUUUUACUGUUUUUUUAUUUAAAUUAUACGGCCUAGUUUAAGAGACGGUGGUGAAAUUUAUUUUCUAAUUUCAACAUCCAAUGGAAGCAGUCUUUUGCAUUUUCUCCGUUGUGGAUUUUUUUCUCCUGCAUUUUUUAAAUUCCAGGUAUUUAUUACCCUUUUUUUUGUUUGUUUUUUCAUAUUUUGUACUUUUUUCUCCAGCUGAUUCUAAACCAUUGCCACUAGGCUUUCUAGUCCAUCGGUGCAGCUUCAUGGAUCCUUAAUAACUUCUCAGGAACUGUUCACGGAGUCUAAAGGUGCAGAUACAAGGACUGCUUUUAGGGGAAAGAUAAAAAAAAAAAAAAAGAAAAAAAAAGAAAAAGAAAAAGAAAAAAAGAAAAGUGGAGAAUGAAUUCGUCCUCUUUGGAGGCGACAAGAGAG